UUUUUUUUAUGUAUACCCAUCACCUACCUAGCGCUACCCUCCCCUCCUGUCCCCCCAGUCGCGGUGCAGCCGCCACCUCCCUCUCUACAGUGCCGCCGACGCCCACUCCGAAGAAGGCUGACAGCUUCUCCCUACUCACAGAUCCCCCGCCAGCAUUUCCUCCUUUGUCAGGAUGAAAGGGAGGUAAAUUGACUUUUUUUCCCCGCAAAGGUCCUUUGAACCUUUCACUUACCGCGCCAAAUAAAAAGCCAAGCCACAUACGUCUAAUUUCCUCCAAUCACCUGUUUCUCAACUUUCCCCCAAUUUCAUCGAUUGAAUGAGGUAUGGGUCGUUCAAGAAGCUUCAGAAUCUACUGAUGCUUACAAAAUGAAGAAUGUUUUCCCCAGAGUCGAAAUCAAAAGAGACGUCAGUGGGAAUUCGCUUCACUAGCUCGUUUGCAACUGGGGUUUUGGAAAGACGCACAGAAAGAACAAUUCUCUUACCUGGAUUGAAUGUGAAUGAUAUCCCGUAUAUACAUUAAAUUGACAAUUUUGUUUCUAAAAAUUGUUGUCGGGCAAUAACUAGCAAAAACCAUUUAUACUUGGAGAAUUAUUUAAUCAUCAUUUUUUCAUCAGUUAUGGCUGUACCUCAAACGAGAAGUAUGGGGCUGCCCCUAAUCAAUCUUCUCAGGCUAAAAGGAGCACCCAUUUUACAGCAAUUGCAUUUGGAGGAGAGACUGCUAAGGACCUCAUAUGAUAACUGGUGCAUCAUAAAUGAUGGAACAACCAAGCCCACUGUUGUAAUGGGUGUCUCAGGGAAAGCUGAGGAACUUCUUGAAAUUGACUCUGUUUUAAGAGAUGAAAUUCCAGUCAUUAGAAGAUUUACAGGAGGUGGUACUGUUAUUGUUGAUCAGGGCACAAUUUUUGUGACGUUUAUAUGCAACAAGGAUGCUUUUCCAGAUUUACAGUCGUAUCCUCAGCCUAUCAUGUCAUGGAGCAGCCUAUUAUAUAAGAAAGUAUUCCAAGGAAUUGGGGAUUUUAGCCUUCGUGAGAAUGAUUAUGUGCUUGGCGACCGGAAGUUUGGUGGGAAUGCUCAGUCCAUUACUAAAAAUAGGUGGGUCCACCAUACUUCCUUUUUAUGGGAGUAUGAGGUCAGUAACAUGGGUUAUCUCAAACUGCCGAAACGAGCUCCUAAUUAUCGCCAGGCAAGGGAUCAUCUUGAUUUUAUAUGCCGCAUGAAGGACCACAUACCAAGGUCAAACUUCAUCCAGAGAACCAUCGAUGCAGUUGGCAGCCAUUUCGUGUUGAGAUCAGCGGAUCCAGAAGCAAGUCAGAGUCCUUUGAGUUCGAAAUUUGAACCCUCCAGUAGGCUACUGAAGAGAGAGGAACUGGAAGAAGCCAUUUUUAAGUCCCGAACUCUGAGGGUUUGUGCUGCCUCAGCCUCCCAAACAUCAGAAUGAAGAUUUUAAUGCUGACACCAUUACUUGUUCAACCUCACUAUAUUAUUCAUGUGGAGCUUUGUGCUCUUGCAUUUCUAUUUUUUCACUAUUUUCUCAACUCAGGUCAUCAUCCAAUUCCAGUCAAGUGGAGUUGCAUCUAAUUUAUUUGAGUUUUUGGAAUUUUGGCAUCCACUCUCCUAAUGUGUGGACUUGUGGGCAAAGACCUCCAAUCUGAUACU